CUCCGACGUGAGGGCGCAUGCGCACUGAAGCUGGGUUAGCUGACGCAAGAUACCUGCAGGGAGAGGGUCUCAUUACAGUUAGCGAACUGUUCUAGAAACACCCAGAGAAACAGGCAGAAACAAGCGUCUCUCACACAGCAAACAUGUCGGAGGACGAGAUUUUGUUUGACCCCACUAUGACCAAGAAAAAGAAGAAAAAGAAGAAGAUGAAGCCUUUUAUGGCAGAUGAGGAAGGUGAGGGGGGAGAGGAAACACAGCAGAGCGAGACCCAUGAAGCUGAGCCAGAAGCAGGAGAGGAACGUGAAGUCGAGCCUGAGGAGGAUGAAGCGAAGAGAAAAGAACUAACAGACGAUUUGGAUGAUUUGAACUUCUUAAACCAGAAGAAAAAGAAAAAGAAGCCUAAGAAAAAGUUUAACGAUGAUGUUGAAGAGGGCAUGAAGGAGUUAAAGAUAGAGGGUGAGCAGCUGGAGAUGUUGGAAGAUGAUGAUGUAAUGAGGGUGAAGAAAGUGGAAUUUGUGGAUGACUUUGAUGCUUUUGAUAAAGAUGAUGCCAUGGAAGAGGAUGAGGGUAAAAAUACAGAUGGCAUCACUUUUAGCUCCCAGACUGGACCAACGUGGGCAGGGACAGAGAGAGAUUACACGUAUGAUGAGCUGCUGAGUCGUGUGUUUAACAUCAUGAGAGAGAAGAAUCCUGACAUGGUGGCAGGAGAGAAGAGAAAGUUUGUCAUGAAACCUCCUCAGGUGGUCCGAGUGGGAACGAAGAAAACGUCCUUCGUCAACUUCACUGACAUCUGCAAACUCUUACAUCGUCAGCCCAAACAUCUCCUGGCCUUCUUAUUGGCUGAAUUGGGAACAUGUGGCUCCAUAGAUGGAAAUAAUCAGCUGGUGAUUAAAGGACGAUUCCAACAAAAACAAAUAGAGAACGUUUUGAGGAGAUACAUCAAGGAAUAUGUGACAUGUCACACCUGCCGCUCGCCGGACACAAUCCUCCAGAAGGACACACGACUCUACUUCCUGCAGUGCGAGACGUGUCAUUCGCGCUGCUCCGUCGCCAGCAUCAAGACAGGUUUCCAGGCCGUCACUGGAAAAAGAGCGCAGCUCCGCGCCAAAGCCAACUAAUAAGGCAUCCGCUCCUCUCUCUGAUCCCAACCUUUCUGGUUCCCACCCUGUUCUGCCCUUUAAAGUCAACAAGCCACCACUCCAGCCUAAAACUCGGACUGCUCAGUGUUGCUGCAGGGCAGAAUGGGAGUCCUUUUGGAUUUGGACUUCUGACUGUGGAGUAGGUUAGAAUUGAUUUGCUGAAAUGAUGUAAGAGAAUACCCUAAUGUAUAGUAUCUGAUGGAAGGCUGGGAAGGCUAAGCAACCAGCAUAAUGACACUGGGUCAUACUUUGUUGACCACUUUGCUCAGAAGGAUAGCUCAUACCUCUUUUUUUUUCUUUCCUUUUUUAUUUUACAUUUCAUCAUUGUCACACCUCAUAUCUUCAAAAUGAUAACUUUACAGGUAAAGAAAAAAACCGUCUCAAAUCAGUUAAAUUAGCAAUUUAACUUUAACUUUAAAAAGUUAUUUAAAAACAUAUUUUAUUAAUCAUUACUGGUAAAAAUAUUACAUUGAUAAUUAAAUAACUUUUAUGUGGUCCUUGCAUAGGUAACAUCUGAACUCAUGCCCUCCUGAAAGUAGAUUGUUACUGUAUCGCAGCAGUACAGACUGAACAUAGAAAUUUAUAAAAUAUAAAAACAUGUUAAUCUGGCAGUAAUUCUUUACAUUUCAUGUUUCAAAAUGUCAUUUCAUGAUUUCAUUAGAUAUAACAAAUGCUCCAAUACUUGAAAUAAAAUCUUUUUACACUGACUUCCAUUUAAAUGUAAGAUUUGUUCUUUCUUUGUAAAGCUGAUUUUGAAGAUACAAAUAUUUUGUGUGGCAGUAAUGAUCUAAGUAUAGUAUUUAUAUUUAUAUAAAACCUGUAUGAGCUGGAGUUGGUGGAAUGGUCCUCCAGGAAAGUGGUUUACGUGAAGACCCUCCUGAUUUUUGAAAUGUUUAAAGUUUUGUUUUUUGUUUUUUUUACGCAGGAGUGGUUUAUUUGUGGGUUUUUAUUUUGUUUAAAUUUUGCUGAUUUAAACACCUGCGUGACAAACCCUCACAUGGCUUUUGCUUGUUUUGCUGAAAUGAAACUGUUCUUGAGGAACUGACUUUUGCAUAUUAAAACUAAUCCUCUUUAAACAGUGGAACAGGUUUUGAGAUGUACAGAAAAUGUGAUGAUUGUGCAGGUUUAAAACUGUGGGACAGCAGAUAUGAGUGUUUAGGCUUAAAGUAGGAGGGAUAUAAUUGUUUUAAACAGGUGUAUAUAUAUAUAUAUAUAUAUAAUGCAUCAUCCAACCUACUGUUUGGAAUCAAGUGUAAAGAUAAAACAUGACAUAUGAUCAUGGAGAUAAAUUACCACUAGAUGGAGCUCGGAUGUAUUGGUGGCAAAGGAAUAAAGGGGUCAUGAACACAAUUAUAUAUUUUACCAAAUAAAACAUUCUGAUAUUGUUUGUAAACAUCAUUAAAGUUCCUGAAUAUGGCAAAACAGCCUAUAUGCACAAGCAAAGCUUUACACUCUAUUUUUGGUAAACUGUGCCUUAUUAUUGCACAGUAAAGAUACAGAAGAGUAAGUUUUAGAAUGUGAUUCAUUUUCUGUAUUAUGUUUUUGCCAAUACAUUUACUAUAUACACUGAAAUACAGCUCUGGAAAAAAUGAAGAGACCAAUUCAUUAUCUGAAUCAGUUUCUCUGAUUUUGCAAUUUAUAGGUUUAUGUUUGUGUAAAAAAUAACAUUGUUGUUUUAUUCUAUAAACUACAGACAAUAUUUCUUCCAAAUUCAAAAUAAAAAACAUAAUUUAGAGCAUUUAUUUGCAGAAAACGAGAAAUGCCUGAAAUAACAAAAAAGAUGCAGAGCUUUCAGACCUCAAAUAAUGCAAAGAAAACAAGUUCAUAUGCAAGUUUAAGAGUUCAGAUAACCCUAGUUUUUAAUCACAGUUUUAAUGCAUCUUGGCAUGUUCUUCACCAGUCUUACACACUGCUUCUGGAAACUUUAGGCUUUUUUAUUUUUAAUGUUUUUUUGAUUUGGUAAAAUGUUUAAGUGCUCUCUUGUUUUUUUUUCUCCAGGGCUGUAUGCUGCUCUGUAAUGAAAUGAAAUCAGAAGUCCAAAAAAUAGUGCAAAUAAACUAAAAUAUUCCAUGUUCUUUAUUAUUUUAGUACAUUUUAAUAGGAGCUUCCCUGGAGACUUUUAUUAUGAAAACAAAAUGGCGGGUUAGUGAUAAUGGCUAACCUCUCACUGGUGAUGCUAACUGUUUUCCAAUCUGAAUUAAUGGCUAAUGUUUGAUAACAGAUGCGUGGAACUUUGCUUGUUAGAUUGGUAGGUUCUUUGGUUUGAUAUAACAUGUAGAUAAUUAUUUUAGUUCACUCCAGUUUUUAGAUAUUGACCUCAGAACACUGGAAUGCAGCUAACGGCUCAAUGCUAGCUAAAUUAACAGCCCACCUUAGCAUUGGAGGAUUAAAAGAUAUUAGCCCUGAUGCUAGAUAUUAGAUAUGGUAAGUUCUGCUGUUUGAUAUGAUGUGUUUAAGAUAUUGUUACAUUACUCUGGUCUUCAGUUAUGAAGGUUAGAACACCAGCACAGGCUACUGUACCGGUUAUUUUUGUUUUUCUAUCUGAAUUCUGCCUUUAUUUCUCAAUUUCAUGGUUCCAUAAGUCACAGAAAAUCCUAGUUGACAGAUAAAGUCCUGGAGGACUGCUUGUGUAGGUAAAAUCAGGGGACUUAUGUACCCUACACACUCUGGCCUUAUGAGUCUGGGCAUUGUCCUGCAUUAGCGUUAAGUCUAAAAAAAAGGUCUAAAAGCAGCAAUUCUACUUUUACUAGAGUAAUAUUUUACCCUGGGUACAGUGGGGCAAAAAAAAUGUCUUUAGUCAGCCACUGAUUGUGCAAGUUCUCCUACUUAGAUCUGAAGAGUAACAGUAAUUAUACUUUGGGUUGAUUCACAAAUAUCUUUCAGUUAAUUAUACUUUGGGUUGAUUCACAAAUAUCUUUCAGUUAUGAUUACUUAUUUUAGUGACAUAAUCAUUGUGUGGAACAUUUUUCAAUAUGCAUAACCAAUACUCACAUUGUAUCUGAUCAUUUUUAUUACUCACAGUGUAUUUUACACGCAUUUAUAUAAAAGAUUAAUCAAUAAUCACAAUAUAUCCUUUACACACAUAGUAAAACACUGUUUGAUCGAGCAUGUGAUUAACACCACCCUUAUUAUGACAAAUUAACCCACAUGAUACAUUUACUAACACAUUAACAUAUAACAUAUGAGAUGUAGCUCAGGCUUGAAGAAUUUUGUUUACUGCAUGACCCUAACUAACGUUCAUCAAUUCGACUGGUACGGGGCGAAAAUUGCUACAAAAAGGCUAUUAGAUCAAAGCAGCCUUUGGAUGAGUGAUUGCCUCCCUAAAAAACCUCUACUUCAAAGCGGGGGGUGACGCAUACUCACACAGAUAGUGCCACGAUGUUCCAUUCUGGAAGAACACAGUCAAGGUCAACACUAGUGGUCCGGUCAGACACGUGAAACUUGAGUACUAACACGUGAAAUUAUGCAUAUUAACAUGAGCUAAUCGUUAGUAACGCCUCAUCAGCAGGUUCCACGUCAUUUGGGGUAUAAAACAUGGAGUCAGAUCAGAGGGGGUCAGAACUUUUACUGAGAUGGCUGUAAAACUGUCUGUUUGUACUAAGUUCUCCUGAAUUCAGUAAUAAAUACUUGCUUUGCUUUCAACUUCA